AUGUAUUUUCAAGUUGUGAUCAAUUCAUUUUCAGGAUUUGGUCCAUUUUGCCUCAAAUUCAAGCCAAAUGAGCCAUGCACUGUCUACGAUUUGAAGCAAAAAUUAGCCAGCACAACAACAUUUAGCGUCGAAGAACAGAAGAUCAGGUCUUUGGGGGGCCGCAUUUUGACAGAUAAUGAUAAUCUGUUUCAGGAUUACUCCAUUCAAGAAGGCCCCAUCAUUUUAAAUUUAACUGUGCGAUUAAUAGGAGGAAGAGACAGCCAUCAAAGCAGAAGAAAGAAAAAGGCCUGCAUCGAUGCUGAACUAAUCCAGUACAAUGAUACAACGGCACUUGCAAGCAGAAAGGGCAAAGAAAAAGAAUCCAGAAAGCGCAAAUUAGCUUAG